GUCCCCUUGCCCCAGAAAGGUUAUGCUGUCACUCGCUCAAGAAGUAGUUCCAAAGUCCCUAUUAUUUUAUCCCUCAUCCCUCAAUUAUUCCUCGACAAACUGGAGCUGAAUGACCGAACCUUCGUUUUCCAACUUUCCCAAUUGCCAUACCUGCGUUGAUUUGACACAAUGCUUAGAACUUCACUUAGAAAGUCGAGCAGUCAGCUCUUGAGAGCUGGCUGCCAGGCACGCUCCUUGUCAGCCACCUCGAGCUCUAGAGCCACCCUUUUCUCAUCACCCAGUCCUCUGAAGUCGUCAAUCGCUUCAAAACGUCGUCCGUUGGCGGUUGCCGCCCAAAAACGAUAUGCUGCUGCCGUCGCCAACGCGCCGGAACCAAACGACAGCUUCCUCUCCGGCAACACGGCAAACUAUAUCGACGAGAUGUACUUGUCGUGGAAGGAGGACCCGUCGAGCGUCCACGUCUCGUGGCAAGUAUAUUUCAAGAACAUGGAGAGCGGCGAUAUGCCAAUGUCGCAAGCUUUCACUCCUCCGCCUACCUUGGUGCCUACACCAGCCGGUGGCGUCCCCUCGUUCAUGCCAGGUUCGGCAACCGGACCAGGUAACGAUGUCACGAAUCACUUGAAGGUCCAGCUCCUCGUUCGCGCAUACCAGGCUCGUGGACACCACAAGGCUCGUAUUGAUCCUCUCGGCAUCCGUGGCGAGGCAAAGGAGUUUGGAUACAGCAACCCGAAAGAACUACACCUCGACCACUACAACUUCACGGAGAAGGAUCUUGAUUCCGAAUACACCUUGGGCCCCGGCAUUCUGCCUAGGUUUAAGAAGGAUGGCCGCGAGAAGAUGACUCUGCGCGAGAUCAUUGCCGCUUGCGAGAACAUCUACUGUGGAUCAUAUGGUGUCGAAUACAUUCACAUCCCGGACAGGGAACAGUGCGACUGGCUCAGAGAGCGUAUCGAAAUCCCACAGCCAUACAAAUACUCCGUCGACGAGAAGCGCCGCAUCCUGGACCGUCUUAUCUGGUCGUCCAGCUUUGAGGCUUUCUCCGCCACAAAAUACCCCAACGACAAGCGUUUCGGUCUGGAAGGUUGCGAGACCCUCGUUCCCGGAAUGAAGGCUCUCAUCGAUCGCAGUGUCGACUAUGGUGUCAAGGACAUUGUCAUUGGUAUGCCCCAUCGUGGACGCCUGAACGUCCUCUCCAACGUUGUUCGCAAGCCGAAUGAGUCUAUUUUCAGCGAGUUCGGCGGAACCGCCGCCGGUGAGGAUGAGGGAUCUGGUGAUGUCAAGUACCAUUUGGGAAUGAACUUUGAGCGCCCAACCCCCUCCGGAAAGCGUGUCCAGCUUUCUCUCGUUGCCAACCCAUCUCAUUUGGAGGCUGAGGACCCCGUCGUCCUUGGCAAGACCCGCGCCAUCCAGCACUACAACAACGAUGAGAAGAACCACACUACCGCCAUGGGUGUUCUUCUCCACGGUGACGCUGCCUUCGCUGCUCAGGGUGUUGUGUACGAAUGUCUCGGAUUCCACUCUCUUCCAGCCUACUCUACUGGUGGUACCAUCCAUCUCGUUGUGAACAACCAGAUUGGUUUCACCACUGAUCCUCGUUUCGCCCGCUCCACCGCAUACUGUACCGAUAUCGCCAAGGCUAUUGAUGCCCCAGUCUUCCACGUCAACGCCGAUGAUGUUGAGGCUGUCAACUACGUCUGCCAGCUUGCCGCUGAUUGGCGUGCUGAGUUCCGCUCUGACGUUGUCAUCGAUCUUGUCUGCUACAGAAAGCACGGUCACAACGAGACCGAUCAGCCUUCAUUCACCCAGCCAUUGAUGUAUAAGCGCAUCCAAGACCACGAGCCACAAAUCGACAUCUACGUUAGCCAGCUCCUCAAGGACGGUACGUUCACAAAGGAUGAUAUUGAUGAGCACAAGAAGUGGGUUUGGGGUAUGCUUGAGGAGUCCUUUGCCAAGAGCAAGGAUUACCAGCCAACCUCUAAGGAGUGGACCACAUCCGCCUGGAACGGCUUCAAGUCGCCAAAGGAGCUCGCCACCGAGGUUCUCCCACACCCACCGACUGGUGUUAAGAAGGAGACCUUGGAGCACAUCGGCACCACCAUUGGUACGGCUCCCGAUGAGUUCAACGUUCACCGCAACCUGAAGCGCAUUCUCGCCAAUAGAGUCAAGACUGUCAACGAGGGCCAGAAUAUUGAUUGGUCGACUGCUGAGGCCUUGGCCUUUGGAUCUCUCGUUACCGAGGGCCACCACGUCCGUGUCUCUGGACAGGAUGUUGAGCGUGGUACUUUCUCCCAGCGUCACGCUGUCUUCCACGACCAAGAGAACGAGGCGACGUUCACUCCUCUUCAACACGUCAGCAAAGACCAAGGCAAGUUUGUCAUCUCCAACUCCUCGCUGAGCGAGUUUGGCUGCUUGGGCUUUGAGUACGGUUACUCUCUCACUUCACCAAACGCCCUUGUUAUGUGGGAGGCUCAAUUCGGUGACUUUGCCAACAAUGCUCAAUGUAUUAUCGAUCAGUUCAUCGCUUCCGGAGAAGUCAAGUGGAUGCAGAGAUCUGGACUUGUCAUGUCCCUUCCCCACGGAUACGACGGACAAGGACCCGAGCAUUCCUCUGGCCGUAUGGAGCGUUACCUCCAGCUCUCAAACGAAGAGCCCCGCGUCUACCCAAGCCCUGAGAAGCUGGACCGUCUCCACCAGGACUGCAACAUGCAGAUCGCCUACAUGACCUCGCCGUCUAACCUGUUCCACAUCCUCCGUAGACAGAUGAACAGACAAUUCAGGAAACCUCUCAUCAUCUUCUUCUCCAAGUCCCUCCUCCGCCACCCCCUCGCCCGCUCCUCCAUCGACGAGUUCGUCGGCGACACCCAAUUCCGCCCCAUCAUCCCCGAGACCGAGCACGGCGGUGCCGCCGUCGACCCCGAGGACAUCAAGCGCGUGGUCCUCUGUACUGGCCAGGUCUACGCCGCGCUGCACAAGCACCGCCUCGACAAGGGAAUCACCGACACCGCCAUCACGCGUAUCGAGCAGCUCAACCCCUUCCCUUGGCAGCAGGUCAAGGAGAACCUCGAUAGCUACCCUAACGCUGAGACGAUCGUGUGGUGUCAGGAGGAGCCGCUCAAUGCGGGUGCUUGGACCUUCACGCAGCCGCGUAUCGAGACUAUCCUUAACGUCACUGAGCACCACAACAGGAAACACGUCAUGUAUGCUGGACGUAACCCUAGUGCCUCGGUUGCUACGGGUCUUAAGGCUAGCCAUCUUAAGGAGGAGAGCGAGUUGCUUGAGAUGGCUUUUGAGGUUAGGCAGGAGAAGCUUAAGGGGGAGUAGAUUAGUUGUUGGUGGGUAGAUGAUUAAUUGCAGUUAAGGUAGUCCCGGGAGAAGAGCCGGGGUGGAUAGAUGAUUAAUUGCAGUUAAGUUAGGCCCGGGAGAAGAGCCGGGUGGAUAGAUGGAACCUAGAGAUGUGAUGUAACAAGAUGG